AUGAGUGAGGACGAUAAUAAUGAACCACGUGUGGCUAUGUUCUUAUUACCAUUAAUAUCAGCAGGGGUUUAUUCAGGUGAUGCAUGGUUUCUAUAUAUUACGCAUUCAUAUUAUUCGGGAUUCUUAUCAACCGUUUCCAUUAUAUUUUUUUAUUUACAAUUUUCUACCAUAAUAGAAUCAAAUUUAUAUCUGUUAAUAUAUCAUACUUUGAUAUGUUUACUAAUGUUAAGUGGUGACAUAGCAUAUAUCUUAUAUUAUAUUGCAACAAAGAAUUUAAUGCAAUGGAUAUUAUUUAUUGGUUAUCUAAUAUUACAUUCUUUGUUUACUGCUCUAAUGUACUAUAAAAAACGUAAUAAUCGACGACCACGUGUUUUAGUUGAACAAUCGACACUAUUUCAUUAUAUAUCUCGAUUAGAAAUUGUAUUUGCUUUAUUUAUUCCCAUAUUUUCUAAUGAAAAGCUACAUUCAAGAACAACAAAUAAUAUUGCAUUUUUUAUAUUAUUUGAUUUCUUUUUUGAAAAUUACAAAGUAUUUCGUUGUCGUAGUAAGAUAACAAAAUUUUUAUUAUAUGUCUUUGUUAUCGUUGUCACAGUGUCGGCAUUUUUUGAAUGGUUAUUCUAUGCAAGAGAACGACAUUUAUAUGAAAAUUUAAGUGCUAUACCGGAAAUAUUUGCAACUGCUCUUUGCUGUUAUCUAAUUUUCAAAUUAUUUGAGUAG